AUGUUUGUUCAAUCUUGCAGAGGUUGGCUUAGGUCUUAUUGGAUUUGGCAUCGUUUUUACAAUUCUUGGGUAAUUCUUUUCUUUGAUAGGGGUUUGCUUGCUUUGGGAAAUAUAUUUUGGUUGGCUGGUGUAGGCCUUCUACUUGGUUGGCGUGCCACAGUUCAACUAUUCACCAAUAGAUCAAACUACAAGGGUUCUGCAUCCUUUGUACUUGGACUCUUCUUCAUAUUUGUCCGAUGGCCAAUAGUUGGGAUAAUCUUUGAGAUAUAUGGCUGUAUAGUUCUCUUUGGGUUAGUUCUAUUUUAA